CAUGUAAAUCCCGUAUGUCUAUUAUUGAUAAAAUUAUUGAUAGAGCAACACGGCAUAAUAACACAACUGAAGAAAAGCCUCAACGUCGGUCUUUUUUUGGAUUCAAUACGAGUAGCACAAACAACGAUGACAAUCAUCAUAAAGCAACUGUUACUACUACUACUACAGUGGUAACAAAUAAUAACACAGGCAAAAACAAAGAAGAAAAAGAAGCUCUGCAACAGAAAGAUCCUAAAGAAUUAGAAAGGGAACAUUUAAAACAACAAUAUGCUACUUAUGAUCGAGCCAUGUUAGAACAGCGUAAAAAUCGACCUAAACUUAAACUUGAUGAUUUUCGUCUUUUACGAACAUUAGGGACAGGUUCAUUUGGUCGAGUUCAUCUUGCUCAAUCACGUCACAAUAAUCGUUAUUAUGCCAUUAAAGUGCUUAAAAAGUCGGAGGUUGUACGAUUAAAACAAGUAGAGCAUACCAAUUCAGAAAAACAUAUAUUAGAAUCAACUGCAAAUCCUUUUAUGAUUAAUUUAUGGGGAACCUUUCAAGAUGAUGUUAAUUUAUAUAUGGUUAUGGAUUAUGUGCCAGGCGGUGAAUUAUUUAGUAUUUUAAGAAAGAAUCAGCGUUUUCCUGAUCAUGUUGCAAAAUUUUAUGCAGCAGAAGUUGUAUUAGCUAUCGAAUAUUUUCAUUCAAAAAAUAUUAUUUAUCGUGAUUUAAAGCCUGAAAAUUUAUUAUUGGAUGCUCAAGGACAUAUAAAGAUUACAGAUUUUGGAUUUGCGAAAUAUGUUCCAGAUAUUACAUGGACAUUAUGCGGUACACCUGAUUAUUUAGCACCUGAAGUAAUUCAGUCAAAAGGAUAUAGUAUGGCAGUCGAUUGGUGGAGUUUAGGUAUUCUCAUCUUUGAAAUGUUAGCAGGCUAUCCACCUUUUUAUGAUGACGACCAUUUGAAGUUAUAUGAAAAGAUAUUACAAGGGAAAAUUAAAUGGCCAGCUUAUUUUGAUCCUCAUGCUAGAGAUUUACUUAAAAGAUUAUUGACUCCUGAUUUAACUAAACGAUACGGCAACUUGAAGGGAGGCGCAGAUGAUAUCAAGAAUCAUAAAUGGUUUAGUGGAGUUGAUUUUGUUCGAAUGGCGAAUCGUCAAAUACGAUCCCCUUAUGUUCCAAAACUUAGAGGAGAAGGUGAUUCUUCUCAUUAUGAUACAUAUCCUGAAACAAAUGAACGUUAUGGUGAAUUGGGUCCAGAUCCUUAUCGUGAUAAAUUCCCUGAUUUUUAAAC